AGUCCUCAGGCAGCAGCACCCGGGCUCAGGUUCCCUGCGCACCACACCAUGGUCCCGCCCGCAACUCUGCCCACUUGGGGAUGAGGGUCUUGGGUGGGCGCUGCGGGGCGCUGCUGGCGUGCCUCACCCUAGUGCUUCCCGUCUCAGAGGCAAACUUUUUGGCAAAGCAACAUGCUUCACAAGUCCUAGUUAGGAAACGUCGUGCAAAUUCCAUGUUUGAAGAAACCAAAGAGGGUAAUCUUGAAAGAGAAUGCAUUGAAGAACUAUGCAGUAAAGAAGAAGCCAGGGAGAUCUUUGAGAAUAACCUUGAAACAGAAUAUUUUAAUCCAAAAUACUUAGGGUGUCUGGGCUCUCACCGAGCUGGAUUAUUCACUGCUGCACGUCUGUCAACUAAUACUUACCCUGACCUAAGGAGCUGUGUCAAUGCCAUUCCAGACCAGUGUAAACCUCUGCCAUGCAAUGAAGAAGGGUAUAUGAGCUGCAAAGAUGGCCAAGCUAAGUUCACUUGCCUUUGUAAACUGGGUUGGCAAGGGCAGAAGUGUGAAUUUGAUAUAAAUGAAUGCAAAGACCCCUCAAAUGUAAAUGGAGGUUGCAGCCAGAUUUGUGAUAAUAUACCUGGAAGUUACCACUGUUCUUGCAAAAGUGGUUAUUCUAUGCUUUCAAAUAAAAAGGACUGCAAAGAUGUGGAUGAAUGCCUCACAAAGCCAAGCAUUUGUGGCACAGCUGUAUGCAAGAACAUCCCAGGAAACUAUGAAUGUGUGUGUGCUGAAGGCUACAGAUACAAUUCCAUUUCAAAGUCUUGUGAAGAUGUGGAUGAAUGCUCUGAGAACAUAUGUUCUCAGCUGUGUGUCAAUUACCCUGGAGGUUACUCAUGUUAUUGUGAUGGGAAGAAAGGAUUCAAACUUGCACAAGAUCAGAAGAGUUGUGAGGCUGUUCCAGUGUGCCUUCCCUUGAACCUUGACAAAAAUUUUGAAUUACUUUACUUGGCAGAGCAGUUUGUAGGGGUUGUUUUAUAUUUAAAAUUUCGUUUGCUGGAAAUCACCAGAUUUUCAGCUGAAUUUGAUUUCCGGACAUAUGAUUCAGAAGGUGUUAUCCUGUAUGCAGAAUCUCUUGAUCACUCAUCUUGGUUUCUAAUUGCACUUCGUAAUGGAAAAUUGAAGAAUGAAUAUACAACCAAAAUCACAACUGGAGGAAAAGUUAUUAAUGAUGGUCUAUGGAAUACGGUCUCUGUGUAAGAAUUAGAACAGAGUAUUAGUGUAAAAAUAGCUAAAGAAGCUAUAAUGAACAUAAAUAAACCUGGAAGCCUUUUUAAGCCUACAAAUGGAUUUCUAGAAACCAAAGUAUAUUUUGCAGGAUUUCCUUCGAAAGUGGAGAAUGCACUCAUUAGACCGAUUAACCCUCGUCUAGAUGGAUGUAUACAAGGCUGGAAUUUGAUGAAUCAAGGAGCUUCAGGAGUACAGGAAAUCAUUCAAGAAAAGCAAAAUAAGCAUUGUCUUGUCACUGUGGAAAAGGGUUCCUACUAUCCUGGUUCCAGAGUUGCUCAGUUUGGCAUAGAUUACUAUAAUGUAUCCAAUACUGAGGGUUGGCAAGUAAAUGUGUCCAUGGAUAUCUGCCCAUCUGCAGGCACCGGGGUUCUGUUUGCCUUGGUUUCCAGUAGCACAGUGCCCUUUGCCUUGUCCCUGGUGGACUCUGUCUCACAAAAUCUUCAGGAUAUCCUGGUAUCUGUUGAAAAUAUGGUAAUAUCUCGGAUAGAGGCCGUAUAUCUGUGUACAGAUCAGCAAUUCCACCUGGAAUUCAAAGUCAGCAGAAACAAUCUGGAGCUCUUGACUCCAUUUGAAAAACAUACUGUCUACUCAGAAGACCUUCAAAGACAGCUUGCCAUCUUGGACAAAGCAAUGAAAGGAACAGUGACCACUUACCUGGGUGGGCUUCCAGAUGUUCCAUUCAGUGCCACACCAGUGAAUGCCUUUUAUAAUGGCUGUAUGGAAGUGAACAUUAACAGUGUACAGUUGGAUCUGGAUGAAGCCAUUUCUAAACAUAAUGAUAUUAGAGCUCACUCAUGUCCAUCGAUCUGGAAAAACACAAACGAUUAUUAAGGAAUUUUUCUCUGCUAAUAAUACCUUUUCUCCUGUGUGUAAUUAUAUAGUUCUGUUUCAAUAGCUGAAGGGUUAUAUCUGUAAUGUGCAGACUUUGACUAUUUUGUGGUACUUUCACCUUCCUGGAAUUUUAAAAAUGCCUUUUUUCAGAAAACAAGAUUCUCUUAUGAUAUGAAUCAUAUUAAAAAAUCAUUACCUAAAAAAAAAAA